AUGCAAAACCAAGAUGACAUUCAAGACAGAAUCGCUGCUGCCCGACGAGAUGCAGACCUUUUGAAAGAAAGAAUAAAACAAAGAAAAGAAGCUUUAGCUGACACCACUUUGAGAAAAAUGGCAAGUGAAGUCGAAUCUUUGCCCAAAUUAACAAUGAAGGUGCGCCGCAAUUUACGAGGUCACUUAGCCAAGAUUUAUGCUAUGCAUUGGGCCAACGACAGCCAACACCUUGUUUCUGCUUCACAGGACGGCAAGUUGAUUGUCUGGAAUGCUUAUACUACCAACAAAUUACAUGCAAUUCCCUUGCGUUCUGCCUGGGUAAUGACAGCUGCCUAUGCUCCUUCUGGCAAAUAUGUUGCCUGUGGUGGUUUAGAUAAUAUAUGUUCAAUCUAUAACCUCACUUCACGUGAUGGUCCUACUCGACCUGCUCGAGAACUAUCUUCUCAUGUUGGCUACCUAAGUUGCUGUCGAUUCUUGGAUGAUCGUCGUAUCUUGACGAGUUCUGGUGACAUGACUUGUCUUCUCUGGGACAUUGAUGCAGGCGUCAAGACUCAUGAAUUCACUGACCAUAUGGGUGAUGUCAUGAGUAUCUCCCUGAAUCCCCAAGAUCCCAAUAUGUUCGUGUCAGGCGCCUGUGAUUCUACUGCAAAGAUUUGGGAUAUUAGAACCAAGUCUUGUGUGCAAACAUUCACUGGUCAUGAAAGUGAUAUCAAUUCCGUACAGUUCUUCCCUAAUGGCAAUGCUAUUGGUACUGGUUCUGAUGAUGCUAGCUGUCGAUUAUUUGAUCUGCGUGCUGAUCGUGAAUUGAACUUUUAUUCUGACGAAAACAUCCUUUACGGUAUUACUUCAAUUGCCUUCUCUGCCUCAGGUAGAUUGUUGUUUGCUGGUUAUGAUGAUUUCAGUAGCCAUGUCUGGGAUACUCUCAAGGGCGAGCGUGUUGGUAUCUUAACAGGUCAUGAAAACAGAGUUUCGUGUCUUGGUGUAUCAAAUGAUGGCAUGGCUCUAUGUACUGGUAGUUGGGACAGCUUCCUCAAGAUUUGGGCAUAA